UUGCAGUGCAGUCGGCGUUUGCAAGUGGCAAGAGGCGCACGAGCGGGGUUCUUACUGUAUUCACUUACCUACCUCAAGCUUAAUACCAUGUCACGUCCGAGUACUGACUCCCCCAAACCAGCUAAGUGUCAGACCAAACAAGCUGGGGCACCAGGCAGGGGUAAAGGGCUGAAAGACAUUCGUAUUGAUGAAGAAGUUAAGAUUGCUGUCAGUAUUUCUUUGGAGAGGUUUCAAUACAGUGAUCAAAAUGAAAUGGAGUUUCCCUCAUCCUUGUCCAGCACGGAACGGGCUUUUAUUCAUCGCUUGGCCCAAUCCUUGGGAUACGUCUCUAAAAGCCGAGGGAAAGGAUCUAGCAGGACCCUCACUAUCAGGAAAAAGGAAGGCUCGGAAACUGCCCAGUCCAUCAUGAUUUUUAACUUUUCUCACAAUUCAAAGCAUGUGGUGCGUAGCCUCUUGCAGAGGUUCCCCAUCACCAAUAAAGAGCGUAUCGACCUGCUGCCUUGCACAGAGAGGGGCUUGUCGGUGGCAAUGGAGACGGAGAACAGUCGUGACAAAAACAGGACUAGCGGACGCCUCAACAAUGGCAUCCCCCAGAUACCCCAAAGGAGGGCGCGCUCUGAGCUGGACUUCUUCCGUUGCUCACUACCCGUGUAUGAGCGCCAGGAAGAGAUUGUCCAGGUCAUUAAAGACAACCGUGUGGUCUUGGUGGUCGGUGAGACGGGCUCUGGGAAAACCACCCAGAUUCCGCAGUUCCUUUUGGAUGACUGCAGUAAGAACGGAAUCCCCUGUCGGAUAUUCUGCACCCAGCCUAGGCGUCUUGCAGCCAUUGCUGUAGCAGAGAGGGUGGCAGCAGAGAGGGGAGAGAGCAUUGGUCAAACCAUUGGCUACCAGAUCCGUCUUGAAAGCAGGGUUUCUCCCAAGACAUUGCUGACCUUUUGCACCAGUGGGGUCCUGCUGAGGACCCUGAUGGCUGGAGAUGCCACACUUACCACAGUCACACAUGUCAUUGUAGAUGAGGUUCACGAGCGGGACGGCCUAAGUGACUUUCUGUUGACCAAAAUGAGGGACAUGCUCCAGAAAAUGCCCACCCUGAAGCUCAUCCUUUCCAGCGCUGCCCUGGAUGUGGACCUUUUCCUCCGAUACUUUGGCUCCUGCCCUGUCAUCCACAUCAAAGGACGGCCAUUCGAAGUCAAGGAACUCUUCCUGGAGGACAUCUUGAGAACCACCGGUUAUGCAAACAAAGACAUGAUGAAAUACAAGAAAGAAAUUCAGAGGGAAGAAAAACAGCAGACAUCUCUGACAGAGUGGUGUAAUGUCCGAGGAAGGGGGUCCCGUAAGAAGACCCAUAGGGAGUGGAGUGCAGGCUCUUCUUGUUUUCUCCAUGAGAAUGACCUUCUGGACGAUGGAGGGGACGGAGUCUUCAACCAACAUAAUGAGAAAGACACAGGGUCUUUGGACCCCUGGCUGCUGAAGGAGAUGGACGCCUGCAUCUCAGACAUCUUUCUGAACCAGGAUGCAGAUGCCUUUGUUCAGUUGUUCAACCUCAUCCUCAGCGAGAACGUCAGUGUGGACUACAUGCACAGCGAGAAAAGCGCCACUCCCCUCAUGGUAGCGGCGAGCCGAGGCUUCAUCAGUCAUGUUGAGCAGCUGCUCAGUAUGGGAGCCAGCGUCAACCUCAAGUCUUCCAAUGGCUGGACUGCACAGGACUGGGCCAAGCAUUUCGAUCAGUUCGAGGCUGUGGAUCUACUUGAAUCUCACCAAUCAUCCCUGGAGUCAGGGAAGCUGGACGAGUUAUCUCUGGUGCAGUCAGCCAGCAAUGAGCUUAGCGCAGAGGACCAGGAACUGCUUAAGGUCUACCACCACAGUUUUGAUGAUGAGAAGGUGGACCUGGACAUCAUCAUGCACCUGCUUCACAACAUCUGCACCAGCUCUGACGAUGGUGCUGUUUUAAUCUUCCUUCCUGGAUAUGAUGAGAUUGUUGGACUGAGGGACCGCAUCCUCUACGAUGAUAAACGAUUCGUAGAUCAUUCUCAAAGGUAUCUGGUCUUUACCCUCCAUUCUAACAUGCAGACAUCAGACCAGAAGAAAGUGUUAAAGAACACUCCCGUUGGCGUUCGCAAGAUUAUUCUGUCCACUAACAUUGCAGAGACCAGUAUCACUGUAAAUGAUGUGGUCUUUGUCAUUGACUCUGGAAAAGUGAAGGAGAAGUCCUUUGACGCCCUGAACCACGUGACCAUGCUGAAGAUGGUGUGGAUUUCCAAAGCCAGCUCACUACAGAGGAAGGGCAGAGCUGGACGUUGCAGACCAGGAAUCUGCUUCCAUCUCUUCAGCCGCCUCAGGUUUAACAACAUGCUGGAUUAUCAGGUCCCCCAGCUACUGAGAAUGCCGUUGCAGGAGCUGUGUCUGCAUACCAAGCUGCUGGCCCCUAUCACCUGUACCAUUGCUGAGUUCCUGUCCAAAGCACCCGAACCUCCCCCUAUUCUCAUAGUAAAAAAUGCUGUGCAGAUGCUUAAGACCAUCGAUGCCAUGGACCCGUGGGAGGACCUGACGGAGCUGGGAUACCACCUCGCCGACCUGCCCGUGGAACCCCACCUGGGCAAGAUGGUGCUGUGUGCCGUGGUGCUUAAGUGCUUGGACCCCAUCCUGACCAUCGCCUGCACUCUAGCACACCGCGACCCCUUUGUGCUGCCUUCACAGGCAUCCCAGAAGAGGGCAGCCAUGCUGUGCCGCAAGCGCUUUACCGCGGCAACCUUUAGCGACCACAUGGCUCUGCUACGAGCCUUCCAGGCGUGGCAGAAGGCCCGCAGUGAUGGCUGGGAGAGAUCCUUCUGUGAGAAAAACUUCCUGUCCCAGGCCACCAUGGAGAUCAUCAUAGGCAUGAGGACCCAGCUGCUAGGACAGCUCAGAGCAAUAGGGUUUGUGCGAGCGCGUGGUGGCGGAGACAUCCGGGAUGUAAAUCUGAACUCUGAAAACUGGGCAGUGGUAAAGGCGGCCCUGGUGGCAGGGAUGUACCCCAAUGUGAUCCACGUGGACCGGGAUACCUGCUCCAUCUCUGGGGUUAAGGAAAAGAAAGUCCGCUUCCACCCAACCUCUGUUCUCAGCCAACCACAGUACAAGAAGAUCCCCCCGGCCAAUGGUCAGGUGGCCGCCAUCCAGGCGCUCCCCACUGAUUGGCUCAUCUUUGACGAGAUGACAAGAGCGCACAGGAUUGCCAGUAUCCGCUGCUGUUCUGUAGUGUCACCUGUCACAGUAGCCAUUUUUGGAGGCUGCGCCAAGCUACCCAGCACCGCUUUGCAAGAUCCCACUGAACAAAAAGAUGAGGUUGUGAAUGAGAGCAGUGACAGCGAGAUGGAGGACCACUCCACCACCACCCACCUGGCCCAGAUGAAGAUUGACGAGUGGCUGAACUUUAAACUGGACCAAGAGGUAGCAGGCUUGGUGUUCCAGCUGAGACAGAAGUGGCAUGGGCUGUUCCUCAGGAGAAUCCGCUCCCCCUCCAAGCCAUGGUCCCAGCUGGAUGAGGCGACCAUACGAGCCCUGGUGUCGGUGCUUGGCUCAGAGGAGCAGUCUGCAGGCCUGCAGCAGCCCACAGGUAUUGGCCAGAGGCCCCGGCCAAUGUCUUCAGAUGAGCCGCCCCAGAUCCCCUCCUGGAAAAACCUCAACAGCAGGAGGAACCUUGCAGCAGGGGACAAUCCUAACCUCCCCAACGACCUCCAUCUCCUCCCCCCACAAGCUAGCAAUGACAGGUCUUCCUCCAGGUUAUCCCCUGCCCCUGUCCUCUUCCAGACCAAGCCCCACACCAGAGAAAAGGGCCCCUCCCUAUACUCCAAACGCUCUUCAGAGGACCAAUCUUCCACCAAGUCUACUGACUCCAUCAGCCUCCCAAGCCCCUGCAACAGCCCCUCGUCUACGUCAUCAGGAAAGUGUUCCAAGUCCCCCUCUCCACGGCCAGGCAGUGCGUCACUGCGCUACUUUAUAAUGAAGAGCAGCAAUCUUCGCAACAUUGAGAUCUCCCAGCAGAGAGGCAUCUGGUCCACCACACCGAGCAAUGAGCUGAAACUCAACAAAGCCUUCAUGGACUCUAGUCAGGUCUUCCUCAUCUUCUCAGUCCAGGGCUCAGGACACUUCCAGGGUUAUGCACGGAUGACAUCGGUCAUCGGCCAGGAGUGCUGUCAGGACUGGGGGUCUACAGGGCUUGGUGGGGUCUUCUGUGUGGAGUGGAUCUGCAAGGAGAGCCUCCCAUUCCAGUGUGCCCACCAGAUCCUCAACCCCUGGAAUGACAACAAGAAGGUCCAGAUCAGCAGGGACGGACAGGAGUUGGAGCCCCAGUCGGGUGGCCAGCUACUGCACCUAUGGGAGAGACUCUCAGGGAAAACACAACAGUACCUGCAACACGAGGUACAACUACAGGCCUCAUCACCAGACAUGACGGCAUUACACCUAAACUGAGUCCCUUACUCAUGCUGUGGUGUUUCCCUCCUGAGAGAGAAAGUGAUUAACCAAACUUGUUUUACGGAAUCAAAAGGUUAAUGUUCACUUACACUUUGCUAUUGAUUGGUUUGUACAAGCAAUGCUUUGACGAGGAAUAGUGGGUUGUGUAGUAAGUUAAUUCCACGUAGCCUCUCUCUUUAACCAUAACAUGCCCGACCGAGACAUUGAGGAUCUCCUAACUUAACAUGUCUAUUUAGCAUUACACCAGAAGAAAGGCUGAACUAUGUA